AUGAUACCAUUAGCGUGUUAUGAUCAACACUUUGUGCCAUUAUGCCACUCUUACCAGUUGGCCACAACAAAUUCAUUAGCACAUCAGUACACAGGUAAAAAUCUAAAUCAACUCAAUAACCAACCUGUGACUAGAGUGGAAUCCCAUAGCAAUCAUGUUGCAGUGCCUCCAUUAGGCUAUAAUCAGAUGGCCCAGAGCUUUUCAAUGUCACCCUCUUCCCAGUCUCAGGACAAAGUUUCACAGGGUUUCUAUAACAGGGCUAUGAAUUCACCAUUAUCCCACUCCAAAUUUCAGGCUACAUCUUCACCAGAAUUGCACUGGAGAUCUCCUUCAAUGGUGACUAAUAAGAGAGCCUUGAGUUUAGUCUUGUCCCAUCCCAAAUCUCAGAGUACAUCUUCACUUGACCUCAACAGGAUUUCAUCAUCACUGGAAACCAAUCAAGCAGCCCCGAGGUCACUGUUUCCCCUCCCCAAUCCUCAGAUUACAUCUUCCCUAGAAUUUUUCCAGACAUCACCUUCAUUGAAUUCCAAUCAAACGGUCUUGAGUUCAUCAUUAUUCCCCUUCCAACAUCAAGAAGCAUCAUCUUUAGACAUUCUCUGUGUAUCAUCUUCUUUGGGACCCCAUAAAAGAACCCUGAAUUCAACAUUACCUCAAUCCAAAUCUCAGGAAACAUCUUCAUUGGACUGCUUUUGGAUAUCUUUAUCAGAACAAAAUCAGAAAUCUCUGAGCUCACCAACCUUCUAUCUCAAUCCUCAAACAUCUUCCCUGGACUUCCUUUGGACAUCAUAUUCAAUGGAACCCAGUCAAAUAACCCUGAGCUCUCCAUCACCUAACCCUAGACCUCAGACAACACCUAUAGUAAGCACUAAUCCCAACAUUCUGAGUUUACCAUUGUCCCACUCAAAACCUUGGAAAUCACCUUUAGCACAUUCUGUCCACCAGGCUCAGAGUUUGCCACUGUCCCAGCCCAAAUCUCAGAUGGUGAUUUCAUUUGAUUGUGUCUGCCGGACCCUGAGCUCACCAGUUUGUCAUCUCAAGUUUGAAAACACAACUUCACCAGGUUCCAAACACAGGAUCACAGAGUCACCAUCACCCCAUCCCAAACAAAAUUUCUUAGGUGAAUCAUUACCAAGUUCUCAGCAUUGUGUCAGGAACACAGCUGCUUCAACACUGGGCUCCAGCCUCCAGAUUAACAGAAGCUGUCAUCUUUUUGCAAAGACAGAAUCAAAUAAGGAAAUUGGAUGGACUUUAGAUUGUAUCCAACCCUGCAUAGUUAAAGGUGGAACUGUCCCCGAUGAUGUUGUAAAUAAAAUUGUCAAUUCUAUCUCCAAGACUAAAAUUCAGAGGGAUCUCUCUAGGCAGAUUCUCUUUCGAAGGAUGAGGGGAAGGCCAAAUCCUCGUCCUGGUCCCCGCAUUUCAUCAAAUUAUAUGGUUUGUUUGGCUUGUGCUUCCUGCAUAAAAUCUCAAUGUCCACAUCUGACAGGAAGGAAAGAUCCUCGUCGUGCAACAUUGUUUGUGAUACCAACACCUGAGCCCAGUCCUGAGGGCAAUAUUGAGGUGAAAUUAGUUCUUAUCCUUUCUCUACCACAGAAUUCUUUCUCAUCUUACUUCCUACUCCCUAUGAAAGAAAAACAACUUAAUCAAGAUCCUGAAGACAACUUUGAAGUAAUGGAGCAGAUGUCACACUUUGCCCUGAACUCUGAACUUGGUCUCAUGAAGAAAAAGUGGUUGACAGUAGCACCCCAAACCAAUGUGAUAAGCCAACAUCCCCAGGCUGUUAACUGGCUGCUUCAUGUUAAAGAAAGUAAUGAUUCUCAGUCACAAUCCCCAUUCCCAUCCUCUUCCUCCACCACUUCCUCCUCUUCCUCCUCCUCCUCUUCC